AGGGGGUGCCGGGGACCGAGAUGUGGGCUGCUCCAGCCCCUCAACAUGAUUCGCGCGCUGCAGGGAGGGCCCCCCUCCCGGCCCCGCCCGGGUCAUGAGCUGGCCGGGAUGGGGGAAAUCCCGGUGGGCGAGGCUCCGCGGUGCCUGGUCCCGUUUCUCGGCAGCCGGCGGGGCGGGGAGAGGUGCGAGCUGCGUGCCGCGGGGGGCUAAGCGCGCGCCCUGCGCCCCACCCCAGCGGCGGCCGCGCGGGGAGGAAGCGCGUCUGGGUUUGCGUGCCAAGUUUCCUUUUUUUGCUUUCUCGUCGGAGCAGCUCGAACGCGUGGCGGGUGAGAAUGUCGAACUCGAGCGCGGAGGGGGCCCGGAGCCGCAGGGGUUAAAGCAAGUGACUCCCCCACUUCCCGCCGCCCGGCGCCGCCGCACGCGCCGCCGGCCAUGGGCAGCCGCGACCACCUGUUCAAGGUGCUGGUGGUGGGCGACGCGGCGGUGGGCAAGACGUCGCUGGUGCAGCGGUAUUCCCAGGACAGCUUCAGCAAGCACUACAAGUCCACGGUGGGAGUGGACUUCGCGCUGAAGGUGCUGCAGUGGUCUGACUCGGAGGUGGUGCGGCUGCAGCUGUGGGACAUUGCAGGGCAGGAGCGCUUCACCUCCAUGACGCGGCUGUACUACCGGGACGCCUCCGCCUGUGUUAUCAUGUUUGACGUUACCAACGCCACUACCUUCAGCAACAGCCAGAGGUGGAAACAGGACCUGGACAGCAAGCUCACCCUGCCCAAUGGAGAGCCCGUGCCCUGCCUGCUCUUGGCCAACAAGUGUGAUCUGUCCCCGUGGGCAGUGAGCAGGGACCAGAUCGACCGGUUCAGUAAAGAGAACGGCUUCACAGGUUGGACAGAAACGUCAGUCAAGGAGAACAAGAAUAUUAAUGAGGCCAUGAGAGUCCUCAUUGAAAAAAUGAUGAGCAAUUCCAAAGAAGAGGCCGUGUCUUUGUCCACCCAGGGGAACUACAUCAACCUGCAGAGCAAGUCCUCCUCCAGCUGGGCCUGCUGCUAGUGGCUUCGGCUGCCUGCCCAGCCCUCUUCUAGGACUUUCUGUCUUCUCCAGUGGUGGUCCAUCUGUCAGUUCCAUCAGCUGUGGUCCGUACACUGGAACUGUCCUCUGCUGACCAUCCAGGAAGGAGGUCCACCAUCCCUUGGUAAAGACCCCUGGGACCCGUGUGCCUUUCUGUACCCCCUAGAAGCUGGCUCUGACCUGCUGCUGACUCAUGGGGUCCAGCGCGUGCUUUCUGUCAGGGAAGAUCAUCUCAGCCCUCAGUCGGUCAUCUGGAAUUUUGCGGCAGGGAUCUGUGUUUUAAAGAUCCUUAUUCUCACCUACUCUUGGACUUAUUUUUCCAUUGGAUGCAUGUUGGUAUCAUGACUUCAGUUGGAAAAGAAAAUGAGAUCAAAUGACAUUUCCCAAAUUAGUGUAGGACUUCAUUUUCAAAUUCUUUCGGUCUUGAACUUGGAAUUUAACCAGUGCAGGGGGAUAGAGCCUCGGGUUUUUGGGUUGAUGUCUUGACGCAGUUAGCUGUGAUGCUCCAAAAAUAGGCCUGUCCUUCACAAUUCGGGAAUCUGGAUGGGAGAAGAAAAGGCAGAGAGGUUAACAGAACGGAGUCCAGCCGAGCCACCUUGUGAGCGCCGUGGCAGCAGGCACUGGACAGCCACAGGAAACUGUGGGCCUUGGCCCUGCAAAGGAUGCUUAGACAGAAAAUCAGUAGGCGAUUUCAGCCAUAAACUAGGCAGGCUUUUAGGGUCACAUCUCUCCUAGACAGUUUAAUUUGUUAAAUUCUCUCUAGGAUGGGGAUAUGUAACCUCCCCGAGGCUCUGAACGUUCCUAGUGAGCUCGGAGCCUGGAAGUCCUCUGCUAGACCUUAAAGAAGCGUCCUGAGUCAGUGGUUCCCAAACCUGGCCCAACCCCUUGAGAAGCUGAAAAAUGUAUUAAUGUUAAGGUUUUUGGAUCAGAGUCUCAAACCUACUGAAUCAAAAUUUCCAAAGGUGAAGCCCAAGACUGUCUCAUUUUCGGAGCAGGUGAUUCUGAUGAGCCUGGUUUGGAAAUCCACGCUGGGGAAUUCUGUAGAUUCCAUAUGCCCUGAGGUCUCUGGGUCCUUCUGCCACUGGUCAGAUUUGAAAGCCACUGUCCUGAGAAAGAAGGGGCCAACAAGCAGAAAGAGAACCAGGGCCGAGCCUUCAGCCUUUUGCUGUUGGUUAUUAAUAGCAAUUGUUGUAACUUGAACAAUCUGUUAGGUCCUUAAAGUUCCUCUUUGCGUUGCUGUUUUCAGGUAGGGUUUUGACUACAGUGAUUCUAAAAAGGAUAGUAGAAUACCAGCUUUCCUUUACAUGAGAAGAAAACUGGCUUUUUUUUUUUUUUUUUUUUUUUGACAGGCAGAGUGGACAGUGAGAGAGAGAGACAGAGAGAAAGGUCUUCCUUUGCCGUUGGUUCACCCUCCAAUGGCCGCCGCGGCCAGCGCACCACGCUGAUCCGAUGGCAGGAGCCAGGUACUUAUCCUGGUCUCCCAUGGGGUGCAGGGACCAAGCACUUGGGCCAUCCUCCACUGCAUUCCCUGGCCACAGCAGAGAGCUGGCCUGGAAGAGGGGCAACCAAGACUAGAACCCGGUGUGCCGGCGCCGCAAGGCGGAGGAUUAGCCUAGUAAGCCUUGGCGCCGGCCGAAAAGUGGCUUUUAAUCCCUGAUUCCAGCCCCUGAAAAAAUAAACGAGAACUGAAUCUUGUAUUCCUGGCAGUCACUGGCCUUCCGUGUGAGUUUGUAAAAUGCUACUGUUCAAGAGUAUGUGGAAACAGAGACUUUACAUUUUAAAUAGACCUUCUUUUAAAAUGAAGAUAAAUGUUACUGUUUAUCUGUUGA